AUGCGCUCAUAUGUAUCUCUCGUCAAGUGUCCUCUUGACUUUGCGAUCGCGAAGGAGACUUAUCUGAUCCCGACUGAUAUCGACUGGAUCCAAUGGUCAAUCUUUAUCAAUCACUUUCACGUUGUUGGAGACGACAGUGUUGCAAAGCGAUACCACUAUAGACAGCUACGUCUCUCGCGAUUAAAUUGGGUGGUCCAGAUCUUCCGUCCAAAACACAGUCGUAAUAGAUGGUUCUACGAGAAUCCCUACUGGUCCACUAGAGAGUUUAUGGAGAGAGCGACUUUCCCUUUGGUCUUCCUAUUUGCUAGCGUAUCUAUCGCUCUUUCAUCGAUGCAAGUUGCGCUCGCCGUUCCAGUGGACCGACUUUGGUCUCACAUUUCAGACGACCAUGAGCUGCAAGAGAUGAAUAGAGCGUUUUGGCUCUUUUCUAUUGCCGUGGUACUUCUAUGGCUGUUAACAUGGGUUCUCCUCCUCGGUAUUCCCCUUGUUGCGUUGUGUUCGCAAGUUUUUUGGGGAUUUAGAAAUCGAAAGGAGAAACAGGCAAUAAAUACCUCUACUGUCUAA